UCUCUGACGCGUGCGCCGUUUUGCGCGUUGAGGUCAGUUCCGAGUAAAAUGGCGACGGUGCGGGCUGUCAUGGCCGCGCUGCGGGGCGAGGGGUUGAGAAUUCCCAGCAGGAGGACCUUGCUCCGACAGGUAUGUGUGCACCAUUAUAGGUGUUGUAGUAAUGGCCAUUUUAUGAAGCCAGAAUACCUUGUAUUUAACAAGUCAUCUAUUCGACUCAGCAUACCGUUGAGAACUUUAAGAACCUCUGCUGCUGUUAAUGGCCAGGUUGUCCAGUUUAAACUUUCUGAUAUUGGAGAAGGAAUCACAGAAGUUAAUGUGAAAGAAUGGUACGUAAAGGUAGGAGACGUAGUAUCACAGUUUGACAGCAUCUGUGAAGUUCAGAGUGAUAAAGCAUCAGUUACAAUAACCAGCCGCUACGAUGGUGUCAUUCGAAAAAUUUAUUAUAACGUGGAUGAGACUGCUUUUGUGGGCACAGCACUCGUUGAUAUAGAAACCGAAGCUGUAAAAGCUGUUGUUCCAGAGCAAGAUGUUGUGGAAGCACCUGCAGUGUUGAAUGAGGAACAUACUCACCAAGAGAUAAAAGGGCAGAAAAUACUAGCAACGCCUGCUGUGCGCCGGCUCGCUAUGGAGAACAAUAUUAAACUUAGUGAAGUAGUGGGAACUGGAAAAGAUGGAAGAAUUCUGAAGGAAGAUAUAUUGAACUACUUGGCGAAGCAAACUGGUGCCAUUUUACCACCUUCACCUGAGAUUGUUCCACCUCCUCCAGAACUAGUUUCAACUAAACCUAAAGGGGCACCGUUUCUACCUAAGCCAAUAACUCCAAUAAUACAAUAUACGGGAAAAGAUAGAACCGAGGCCGUUAAAGGGAUACAGAAGGCUAUGGUAAAGACCAUGUCUGUCGCACUUAAAAUUCCUCAUUUUGGUUACUGCGAUGAAGUAGAUUUAACUUGCCUUGUAAAAUUACGAAACGACUUGAAGGUUGUGACAGCUGAUAGAGGGAUCAAACUAUCUUUCAUGCCAUUCUUUUUGAAGGCAGCAUCUUUGGGAUUGCUACAAUAUCCUAUCCUAAACGCUUCAUUGGAUGAGGACUGCCAGUUUAUAACAUAUAAGUCUUCCCAUAACAUUGGCAUCGCUAUGGAUACACAACAAGGUCUGAUUGUUCCAGUAGUUAAGAAUGUACAGAUACUUAGUGUCUUUGAGAUUGCAGCAGAAAUAAACCGGCUGCUUACUCUGGGCUUGGCGAAUCAACUGGGGACGAACGAUCUAAGUGGAGGGACGUUCACUCUUUCCAACAUUGGCACGAUUGGUGGCACCUAUGCUAAACCUGUUAUAUUACCUCCAGAAGCUGCUAUUGGAGCUAUUGGAAAGAUACAGGUUCUCCCCCGAUUUAAUGACAAUGGUGAAAUAAUCAAGGCUCAAAUCAUGAAUAUUAGCUGGUCAGCUGAUCACCGGAUUAUUGAUGGUGCAACUAUGGCCCGUUUUUCAAAUCUUUGGAAAUUUUACUUGGAGAAUCCCGCAACCAUGCUGCUCGACUUAAAGUAAAUGGAGGUGAUUGAUGCACGGCACUUAAGACAGACAGACAGCUUCGAGCAAAGGGCAUUUGCUGUUGUUUACAUGUAAUUAAGUGCACUUGUAAUCUUCCCUGUAAUGUUUUGUAUUCUGAACAGUAAUGUGCUUAAGCCACAUUGUAUUCUGUAGAGGUUACAGUAGGUUAGAGCUCUUUCAAUAAUAAUAAAUGGUGGAAGGGAUACAGUUGGUGAAAGGUGAGGUUUAUCGUGAAUACUGGUUAAAGUAGUAACCUGUUAGGUCAUCUCCAUACCACCCCAAAUCCCUCUAACAAUAAUAGGUCAUUGUGGAACUUUGACAAUUGCAGCAUCUGUUUUAAAUGCAUAAGCAAAGGCCAUGACCCAUAUAAACACGAUUGUUGUCUAAUGUGGCUUCUAUAAUUGAUCCUUGAGCACUGGAAACUAUUGUAAGCUAUCAAAAUAUGCUCAUCCCUGUUACAUAAUGGAUGCAUAAAUUGUCCCUUGUACAGUUUUACAAAUUAUGAAAUGUUAGAGAUAUACAGAACCAUAGGAUACUUAUUCAACUGCACCGUUGCAAACACUAAUAAUUCUGCAGUAUUAAAGUUUAGGAGGAAGGAAGUAUAUGGUAAUCAGGGGGUUAAUAUAGUUUUAUUAAUGACUGUUUCCUGGUUCUGAUGACAUGAAAAACACUGUAUUCCAACUUUAAUUUUAAAAAGGUACAAACAUCAUGUGCAUAAUAUUCUGAUCUCCAAAAGGUUAGUUACAAUAAACAUUUACUGUGAUA